AUGGCUUUUCAAAGGGAAUUAAUCAUAUUUAUUUUUGUAUUCAUUAUAAAUGUUCUUUAUGAAUCUUUAUCAGAUCAUAUAUAUGUGAGAUCUAUUUUUUUUUCUUUUUCGAAUAGUUUUGUCCUAAAUAAAAAGGAAGAAAAUAAUACACAUUAUAUUGAAAAAUUACAAAAAGAAAACAGAGAAAUUAUAGCUUUUUUGCAGGGUGAGCAUAUUCUUCAAGAAAUUAACAUUAAAAAUAGUAUAAAAGAUAGUAUUAAUAGUAACAAUAAAAAAAAAAAAAAAAGAAAGAAAAUAAAUAGUUCAAAGAAAAAUUCUAAUGAUAAUAAGAUAAAUAAAAAGAUUCAAGAUAUUAGUUUCAGUGAAAUAAAAAGAAAUAAAAAUGAUGUUGAUUUAGAGAAUGACCACGAUGAAGUAAGUAAAAAAAAUAUAAAUUUAAAAAUUGGAUGUAACCAUGGCACAAAAAAAUGUAUAAAUGAUAGAGUUAAAAGCUUCGUAAAAUUAAUGAAGGGUAUUGGUGAUAUCCAAAAAGUAAAAAAAGAUUCAAAGGAAAAAAAAGAAGAGAAUAUAUACGAUGAUGAGCACCACACAGUAGUUAUAUAUGAUGGUUUAGAUCAAGAAAAAGAUAUGUAUAAUAAAUACAAAAAAGAAAGGAAAAAUGGUAUGAGCACAAUAGUUAUACAAGGAACAGAAUAUUUAGGAGUAGGCUAUGAUUUUAUCUUUGGAAAUCCAAUAGGAGAUCCAUUUUUAAAAGUAGAUCCAGGGUAUAGAGAUUCAAUAAUAAAAUUGACAUAUCCGAAAUCAGAUAUAGAUUAUCCUGAUGGUUAUUUGAAUAUAAAUCCAAAUGGCUCUUAUGUGAGAAAUGAAAUAUCGUGUAAUAGAUCAGAAAAUGAAAGUGAAAUAAGUUCAAUGAGUGAAUAUACAAAAGAACUUUCAGUUGACGCAUCAAUAGGUGCUUCUUAUGGAUUGUUCGGAUCCUUUUCAGCAUCUACAGGCUAUAAGAGUGUAUCUAAUACUAUUUCAAAAAAGAAGUUUAGAAUGUUUAUGCUAAAAAGCUAUUGCUUUAAAUAUAUGGCAUCUUUAUCACAAUAUUCUCAAUGGAAACUCACUGAUCAAUUUGUAAGAGCAAUUUCCUUACUUCCCUCCUAUUUUAAUUCAUUAGAACAAGAUGGAACUUAUUGCACUGCUGAAGAAUUUAGAUAUGAUAAGAAAACAGAGAAAUGCGGUAAAAGUGUUCAUUCAUGGAUGUAUUUUUUCAAAAAUUUUGGAACACAUGUUUCAACUCUUAUACAUUUGGGAGGAAAAAUAACACAACAAGUAAAAAUAUCAAAAAAUGAAUAUAAGUCAUUGAGUGAAAGUGGAUUAUCCGUUUCUGUAAAUGCUUCUGUUGGAUUUGGUUUAUUUAAAGCAAAUGCGUCUACUAAUACUGAUUCGAGUGAAUCUAGUAAAAAUGCUUCUUCUAAUUCUAGUAUGGAGAAAGAAACUGUAAUAAUUGGAGGAACAACAAUUUUUGAUCCUAAUAAUGCUAAAAAUUUUGAAAAAUGGGCAAAAAGUAUAAAAGAUAAUCCAAUGCCUAUCAAAGGAGAAUAUGAACCAUUAUCAAGAAUAUUACCUGUUCGUUUAUCUAAAGUUUAUGAUGAAGCAUUGAAUUUUUAUAUUUCAGCUAAUGUUCCUGUUAAUAUAAGAGAAGUAACAAAUGAUGAAAUAAAACAGUAUAAUCUUAAAGAUGAAUUAAUGAAAUCUAAAAUAGUUUAUUCAAGUGGAACAGGAUUAGUGGUACUUGAAUGUGAAGAGAAGCAAAAUUUCAUUUUGGGAUUUUCUUUAUCCAUACCUAAUGAUUUAUCAAAUUUAGAUGACUUUUAUAUGAACACUUGCGAUGAAGAUUCUGAUAAAUGUUAUUCAAAAAUGAGUGAUAAUGUAUACAGUUACUUAUUUGCUAUGUGUAAUGAAGAAAUGAUACCCUUCCUUGAACAAAAAGUAAAAUCGGGAACUAGUUUAUUGACACUCGAAUGUUCAGAAAAAAAUCAAAUUAUUUUAUUUGGAUUUGGUAUCAGCAUAUUAAAUUCAAAUGAUCCUAUUUCGAUUGCAAUAUACCCAUGCAAAUAUGGCAAACCCUCUUGCUCUAUGCAAGGAUCCACAAAGAAAUCUGCGGUUGGUUUAUGGAUAGUCUGUGGUCAUGAAGAAUCUUUGAAUUCCAAGUUUUCAGUGAACAUUAGAAAAUUAGCAUACGAAAACAUUUCUCAAAAAAAAAAACAUGUAGAUAUUUGCCCACAAAAGGUAUUAUUUAAUUUGCUUUUUGAAUUUACUAAUACUCCUCAUAAUAAACGUAAUGGCUCAUGCUUUUCUGUAAAUUCUGUUUGCCCAAAUGAUUUUAAUGUUUGUUCAGAUAAAAAAGGUAGAAAAAAAUUUAAUUACUAUUCUUUAUCAGUAUAUUAA